UAAAAACGGCAUUUCUAGUCUCUCAACGAAAGUAAACAAUUCAACAAAAAGAACAUUGAAGAAAAUGGUUUUUCGGUAAUUAAGUUAAAUAAAAAUCAGAAUUUAUAAGAAUAACCAUUUUAUAAAUACAAUUCAAAAUAUGCCAACUUGGAAUCAAAUUCAGUCGCAACUGCGCAAUCCCAAUAACCCAGUAGUUUUCUUUGACGUAUCUGUUGGAACGACGGAAAUCGGUCGAAUGAUCUUCGAGCUGUUUGCGGACACAGUCCCAAAAACUGCAGAAAAUUUUCGUGAACUUUGCACUGGAGAAUACCGUCCAGACGAUGUGCCCAUGGGAUAUAAGGGAGCUAGUUUUCAUCGUGUCAUUAAAGAUUUCAUGAUUCAAGGUGGUGACUUUGUGCACGGUGAUGGCACUGGUGUAAUGAGCAUAUAUGGUGGCACGUUUUCCGAUGAAAAUUUCACAUUGAAACACGAUUCACCAGGCCUUCUCUCAAUGGCAAACAGCGGAAAAGAUACAAAUGGAUGCCAGUUUUUCAUAACUUGUGCAAAAUGCAAUUUUCUCGAUGGCAAACAUGUUGUUUUUGGUCGCGUUUUAGAUGGCUUAUUAAUUAUGAGAAAAAUUGAAAACGUUCCCACUGGUCCAAACAAUAAGCCCAAACUGCCAGUAACAAUAUCACAAUGCGGACAAAUGUAGAAAGUGUAGUAUAUUAUACAUAAUAUUAAAAUUUUGAUACAUGAUAUCUGUAGUAAAUCUUUGUUUCUUAAGUUGGCAAAAUAAAAUUUUACUAAAACACCUCUUGUUACAAAA